UUCUCUCACACAGUCAACCAGCGGUCGUGUCUUAUCGUUGAGGAUCGUCUUAUCAACUCAUUUGGCCCUUCACUGCGCGGUCGUGCACCUAAAUUUCGUCGCACAGUGCCAAAUCAGCACGAUGUUGACCGCAAGGGCGGCGUUUCCGAGGCUUCUGCGGUGGUCGUCGUCGCUGGCGUACAAUCCGAAAAAGUUCAAUGGCAUCUACGACCCGAAAACGCACAUCGUGCGCUCGCCCUACCAAGGCACCCUGCCCGCUAUCAACGCGUGCGACUACGUCUGGAGGGACUACAAAAAACACGAGUCCGAGCUGGCUUUGACUUGUGCAAUUAGCGGGAAGAGCCUCACUUUCGGCCAGACGCACGGAGCCUUCGACAGGCUGAGCGUGAACCUGCCCGCCAAAUUCGGACUCAGGCAGGGCGACGUCGUGGGCCUCGUGCUGCCCAACAUGCCGGAAUUUGCAAUCGUGUUUUACGGGUGUCUUGCAGCGGGUUUGGUCGUCAGCCCGGCCAAUCCUAUCUACACGUCAGAUGAGCUGCUGAAGCAGUUCACCGACGCCAAAGUGAGCCUCGUGGUGACCACCCCUGAGCUGGCUGACCGCGUCAGGGAGGCCCUGAGCAGGAUGCCCGGUGGAGGGGCGCCGGUCGUGCUCACCGGCCAGGCUCCACCUGCGGCAGGGGCCAAGGACACUUUCCUGCUGGACGAGCUGAUCACCCAGCAGAUUAAGGGCGCCGAAAGGCUGCCAAAACCCGACCCACAGUGCCUGGCGGUGUUGCCCUAUUCGAGCGGCACCACCGGCAUGCCCAAGGGGGUGGUCAUCAGCCACCGCAACCUGGUGGCAGGACUCUCCAUCGGGGACCAUCCUGAUGCUGUCACGAGCGGUGUUGAAGGUGGUGGAAAUGGGAGAAAAAAUUCCACGCUUGCUGUGAUUCCAUUUUACCACAUUUAUGGUUCUGUAAUCAUUCUUGGUUGCUGCAUUGGUCGCGGCUACAGAGUCAUAACACUUCCCCGUUUCGACCCCACUACAUACUCUCAAGCAUUUGAAAAGUACAAGCCCACUCAUCUGUUUUUGGUUCCCCCGCUGGUGCAUUUCAUGGCCAGGUCGCCUUCUAUUUCGAGAGAAGCGAUGCAAAAUAUCAAAUUGACAGUUUCGGGCGCUGCUCCUCUUACAAAACAAAUCAUGGACGAGUUCGUUGCGAAAUUGGGACCAACUAGUAUAUUUAAAACAGGCUACGGAAUGACCGAGAGCAGCUGCCUGUUAACUGUAAUGCCAGAAAUAAUGCCAACAUGCAAGGCGAAAUCACUGGGUCCUCCAGGUGUUUUCACCGAGUUUAAAAUCGCUGACAACGAGGGCAACGCACUGCCUCAAGGCCAAGUUGGAGAACUGUGCGCGCGAGGGCCACAGAUCAUCAGCGGCUACCUCAACAACGAGAAAGUCACCAAGGAGACAAUCACCGAGGACGGCUGGUUAAAAACCGGUGACGUCGCCUUUUUCGACGAGUACGGACACGUCAACAUCGUAGAUAGAGUCAAAGAGCUCAUCAAAGUCAAAGGCUAUCAGGUUUCUCCAACCGAAAUCGAGUCGAUUCUGAUUCAGCUGGAAGGAGUUGCGGACGUCGCUGUGAUUGGUCUUCCUGACGAAAAGAAUGGAGAGCUGCCGAAGGCGUUCAUCGUUAAGAAGCCGGGUGCGCAGAUCACCGAACAAACUGUGAUGGACUUUUUGAAUCCGAAAGUUGCUGAAUUCAAGAAACUCAGAGGGGGAGUGCAGUUCCUAGAAGCAAUUCCUCGCAGCGCCGCGGGAAAAAUUUUGAGGAAAGACCUUAAAUCAAGUGCCUGAGAAAUAAAACUUUAAUAUAUUAUGAAA